AUGUACUUUGCAUGGAAAAGGGAGGUUACCUACUCGUUAGGCAUCAAAGAUCUCUGGUUUCAUGUUACUGAUGCUGUCGAUCCAGAUGAUGUCCUCAGGAGUGCAUCAUAUAAACCCAUGCCUGUGAAUCCAGCUAUGCCUAUCGCUGAUGAGACACUUGCUCUUUCCAAGGCAAUUAUCACAUGCUGUCUCUCCAUAUCUGUCCAACAGCUCAUCUCUACAAGUCAUAAAGUCUCCGCAUGUGAUGCAUGGAAGACCUUGGAGGAUCACUUUGGAUGCACUAAUAUGGGUUCCCAGCACAUUAUUCACCAAAGCCUUUAUACUCUGCAGAUGAAAGAUGCUGCUGACGCCUCUAACUAUGUUGGGCAGCAUGCUGUCUUGUGGGAACAUCUCCUAUACAUGGGUGCUGUAUACACCAGUGCUGAAGCAGUUUUUCAGCUACUCCAUUGUAAAGAGUAA